UCGGCAGACGGACUCUCAACCACUGCGCCACCAGGGAAGCCCCCCACCUGCUUCCCUUUAAACCAAAGGGCAAAUGGCAACUGGAAACUCCACGAUUUCUCAGGAACGAAGACUUGUCUCAGUUAACUUUGCCAACAAGUGUGACACCACCUGAUGGGCAGGCGGUGGCUCAAACACGACGGUUUUCCCACCUUUCCUCUUGAGAACGAUCCUAGUACAGCUUUUCCCAUGUGAUCAAGUGCCUUUGCAAACACAUUACCCGCCUGUGAGCGAGGUGGACUCACGAUCUCCAUCUACAGAGGCGGGCAGCCGAGGGCGGCAAGGGAGUCGCGGGGUGGAGGUAUGUUUGCUGCUCCGUAGCCGAGACCCUCCUGCUCUGCAGCCGGAGCCCUUCCCUGAUUUCCCGCCAUCUGACCCAGGUCAGGUGCUGGGUGGGAACCAGCAGAACCUCAGGUGCACGUCGUUGGGCAGGACAGCGGAGCCGAUGAGGGUACAGCAGCCAUGCCUUCUGGGGCUCGCUAUGCCAUGCAGGGGGCGGGCAGAGGAAGUGAAGGUUUGGGGGCGGUGUAGGCUUUAAUCAGAGUCAUGAACAAAACAGAAUGCAAAGGGCAGAAGGCAGCUCGGGGACUGCGUGGAGCCUGCAGGCUGCUGGUAGCUUGGAUAUUUGAGAAAUCUCCAGAUGUACGUCUCAGCACCAAAGCUUUCCUCUGAGAAGUGUUUUCCCCUCCUGGGUCUUACUCCAGCGAGACCUGUUUGCCCGCCUACCUCUCUGGGUACCACCGGCGCCACUUCCCCACCACUGGCUUACCCAUCAGGCCGUCGCAUCCCGCCAUCCGCCAAGGUCACAUUCUAAACUCUAACAUCCGAUCUCAAAUGGCUCCAGUGUCCCUGCCUGAGCCGGCUGACAUGCCGUGUGUGCACGUGUGUGCGUGCUCACACCUGUGUAUGUGGGAUGCAGCAGCAGCAGAAGUAACCACCAGGCUUAGUUACACUAACGAAUGUAAGCCUCACCCUGCAGGGCACUGGUGAUCACACAUCUUCUACAGAGGAGGAGAGAUGGGGGCCCAGAGGGGCCGAGGGGCUUGCCCAAGGCCACAGCCCUAGUAAGAAAGCAGCAGGAUUCCAGCCAAUCUCUGACUCCAAGGCUGAGUUGGAUUGUAAAACUGCUCCCUUGAAGUAUGUCAGCUUCACAGAUGAAAAUCCUCAUUUAUUUGGACCUUUAGGAACAAGCUAUUGUAUUUUCAGCUUGUAGCAUUUCUGGGGCUAAUGUGCCCCCUUUUAUACUCAGGUGCUUUGGGCCUCCCUCCUCUGUCUGGCCUUCCUGGUGGGUGAGAUGCUAAUCCACUCUGGCCUUUUCUCCAGGCAUCUGUCAGUUAGAGGAGCUUGAGCUGUUAGCACUGACCUCCUUCCCGGCCUGGUUCCUGUCCCCACCCCCACUCUUUACAAGACCUUCACGGCCAACCAACCCAGCGAUGACUCACGCUGCCUUUCUCUAUCGGUGCCCGGUCGCCAGACGCGGGCGCUAGACAUGCUCACGGUAUUGCCAACCUUUUGGUUUAAUGCGGGGUAGUAAUAACAACACCAAGAGCAGAGGCAACUGGCCUCACACAUUUGAUCUGAUGGUAGAAGGUAGCGUAAUUUCCAUCAUCUGCCUUCAUCUCCUCCUUCCUCAUCAUCAGUAAGAUGGAGAAACUGAGGCUCGGAGAAGCCAGGCAGGGAGCUCAUGAUCGUCCAGCUCCGUGGUACCAGAAUCAGUGUGUGAACCUGGUCCCACCUGAAGUAGAGUUGUCUCAGUGUGUCCUCAAAACUCUUUUCUGGGUUGUCCUACGUUUGCAAGGGCAUUUUGGCUGCGGUGGUGAGCUGAGGGGCUAUGGUUACGUAGUAGUCUUUUACAGUCAUUUUUCCUAAUUUAGCAGUAUAGCUUUAUUAGUUAUUUUGAAAAUUUUCAAACCUGUGAAAAGCUGAAAGAAUAGAAUGAUGAACACUCAUAUGUUCUUCACCCGCUUCACCAGUUAUUAGCAGUUUGUUGCAUUUGUGCUCUCUUUCUGUGUAUGCACAUAUACACACUGAAUAUGUGUGUAGUGUGUGUGUGUGCGUGUGUGCGUAUUUUUCUCAGACCUUUUGAAAAUUAUUUGGAGACACUUCAUUGUGAGUACGUCAGCAUUUAGGAGUGAUUUUCAAGCUGUUUUCUGUGGACUCUCUGGGUUCUCUGGAGCUGCUGCUAAUUUAAAUUUUGUGGAGUCUGAAGCUGGUGUAAGACAAUGUCUGUCAUCUUUGGCCUCUGGUGUAGAGGUUUUGUCUUCAGAAUAGCCCCGUGGCUCUCAACAACUGCCCUGCUAACAAGUCAACUUUUGAACUUAUAAAUUUGUACUAAUAGACUGUCACUAUGUCUAUGUUGCAUGUUGGGUUUUUACAGAAGAUAUAAUUUGCAAACAGGCUUUUGUUACUAAAAAGUUUUGGAAAUCUCAGUGAGCCCCUGGUCUCCUUCUGGGUCAUCACUGACCAUCUUUCGGGGGCCCCGAGGGCCGUGUGUGCUCACGUGUUUGGCUGUAAUGGCCCAAGUCACCACUUCUGAGUGGAUCCCAAGGCAGUGCUAAAUGGUAAUGAUCUCAUGAAACAGGUAAGUCACUGUCAUGUCAUUUUUCUUUUAAAAGCUCCGCACAUACUGUUUCUUCCCAUGCAUCUCAAUGUCUGUACCUAUGCAUGUAUAAACAUCAUAGUGGACAUUGAUUAUGCGGCUGCCCAGAAUAAUGAUCCCAAUGACAAUAAUACUGAUGACAGUAGGACGAUAGUUAGCAUUUAUUGGGGGCUGAAUAUGUACCAGGCAGUCUUCUAAGUGCUUUGCAUAUAAUACCCCAUUUCAUCCUCACACUGCCUCUGAAGUAGGAACUACUGUUGUUUCCAUUUUACAGACGAGGAGACUGAAGCAUAAAGGGUUAAGUAAUGUGCCCGUGUUCACAGAGCUAGUGAGCAGCUGGGCUGGGGUCCAAACCCAGGAGUCUGACCCCAGACCCCACACUCCGCUCAGCUGUGCUUCCUCCCAGAUACCUGGGUUGGUGUGUGAUUGAGGCUAGAAGUCCCCAAAUAUAUUCUCAGGCCCACAGACAUUUUUUUCCACCAGGGAGUUUUCCCUGCAGAGGUUUCUGGUUAACCUUCUGAAGCAGUUAAGUAACAAAUAUAUAUUAAAUAUUUGUGUUUUCACUUUGAUGAUGAGUUAAGAAGAUGACCAUAAACAUAUUCAAGAUCAUUCUAACCAGCCAUACACAGACGUUUCCAUCUAAUUUCAUAUUCAGAAAUAUUUAAAAGUCACUCACAAACAGCAACAAUGGAAGCUCAACACCAGGCUCCACGAUGUUUUUUUUUCCCCCUUUGAAAGGGGUCCAUACAUUAUUUAAAUUUGACUACCUCUCUUCCUGUUGUUCUACAAACGACAUGACCGGCUCUUUCAGAAUAUACAGCAACUGCCUCCUCCUGAGCAGCGCCAGGCUUAGGAGAUUUACGGUAAAGGCAUGUUUCCUAGGAGGUCGGUACGGAAAGCCAGACUCAACGGCAGUUUCUGGGGAGAGCAGCCUUCUGCCCAUUGCAGCAGUUUCCUUUUUCUUUGGGAGGAAGAAAAGGCUCAAUUGGGAUAUUUAUCAGCCUCUCCUGUUCCUCUGGGGUUUGGUGCAGUUGACAACCGGCAAGGAUCAAAUGAGCGGGUCGUCUCGGGACCAUGGAAAACAUGGCAUCGAGGCUCAAGAAUGCCCCUUAUUUUCUAUGUGAGAAGGGGAACAAUUCUGUCCCCGUGUGCCAGAAGUGUGAGACGUGUGUCCUGGCCUGGAAGAUCUUCUCCACCAAAGAGUGGUUCCGAAGGGUGGGCAAGAUGUCCCAGAGGAGGUUUCUAGUCAGCAUCCUGCAGCAGCUGGAUAGCUUGCAUUUGUUACACUAUUUUCAAAAUAUCCUUCAGACCACGCAGGGGAAGGAUUUUGUCUACCACAGGUCCCGGGUCAACCUCAGCAAGAAGGAGGGGAAAAUCAUCAAGUCCUCCUUGAACCAAAUGCUGGACAAGAUGGUGGAACAGAAGAUGAGGGAGAUUUUGUACUGGUUUGGGAACAGCAGCUACCGGACGAAGACGAAUUACACACUCUUGCUGCUGCAGGUGUGCGACCCCGAGUUACUGCUCACUGCUGUUGACGUCAUCAGAGUCCUGUUUCUGAGAGGGCGGAACGAUGCCUCAGGGAACGACCCAGACCCCAAGGAUGUGCUUUUCGUCCCUGAGAAAGGCCACACGCCCCCGUGCGAGACCUCACAAGUCUGCUGGGCAGCCAGAUCCGGGCACACAUCCUUCCCGUUCUCCAAAACUACAGGAGAAGCCAGCUUGCACGAAAAUGUGUCGUGGGGAGCAACCGCUACUGAUUGCGACUUUUUCUUGUUGGGCUCAUUUAGAGGAAACUCCAGACACCAUGCCAUCUCACCAGCAGGGCAGUUUGGAGGCCACAGACAUCGACUUGAGCUGGGAACGUUGAAAACUGCUGAAGGACAGUGGAAGAGUUCACUCCAGUAUAUUUCCGAGAUGAAUAGGCUGUCUUCUGAAAAAGCAAGCGUGUUCAAAGCAGGCUUGGCCCCCGCCGCCGAUGUGCUGGUGGAUCUGGAGGCUGUCAGAGAGCUGUCUUCUGGGGUCAGCACAUACCGCGACUUCAUCCGUCACCUGCCGGUCCAUCUCUCCAAGUAUAUCCUCGGUAUGCUGGAUAAGAACAGCCUGAACAGGUGUGUGUUCGUGAGCCAGCACUGGGCAGUGCUGGCACAGCAGGUCAGGACCGACCUGUCCAUGCAGUCUUUCAUCCAGCACCAGAUCACCGUACUGCAGGGGUCCUACACCAGGGGAAUAGACCCUACUUACGCCCACAAGGUUACUGUCCCAGUUCCUAAGAUGGCGGAUGACGGGAAGCACCUAUGCGUGAAAAAUCCGAAACGGAAACUGAGAACGAAGAAUGACUACAACCUGUGGACCGCAUACCAGAACCAGGAAACUCAGCAGGUGCAGAUGGAGGAGAGGAAUGUCUUCUGUGGCACUUAUAACGUCCGCAUUCUCUCUGACGUGUGGGACCGAAACAGAGUCGUCCACUAUUCUGGGGGACAUUUGUUAGCUGUGUCAUCCAAUCGGAAGAUCCAGCUUCUGGACAUCGUACAGAUAAAACAGAUACCCGUCAAGUUCCGAGGCCACACUGGGAGUGUCCGUACCCUCUUCUUGUGUGAGGAGGAAAACUUUCUCCUGAGCGGGAGUUAUGACCUGAGUAUCAGAUACUGGGAUCUGAAGAGUGGGGCUUGCAAACGCAUCUUCAAUGGCCACCAGGGGACUAUCAGUUGCAUGGAUGUGUGGAAGAACAAGCUCGCAUCUGGAGCAAGAGAUUGCCAGGUAAAAGAGUGGGAUAUAGAGACAGGAAAGUGCCUGAAGACCUUUAAACACAAAAACCCCAUCCUGGCCACCAGGAUCAAUGACACGUACAUCGUGAGCAGCUGUGAGAAAGGGCUGGUCAAAGUGUGGCACGUCAUCACAGCCCAGCUGGUAAAGACACUCAACGGCCAUGAGGGAGCUGUGAAGUGUCUGUGCUUCGACCAGUGGCAUCUCCUGUCGGGAAGCGCUGACGGCCUGGUGAUGGCCUGGAGCAUGGUGGGAAAGUACGAGCGGUGCCUCAUGGCCUUCAAGCAUCCAAAGGAGGUUCUCCACGUGGCCCUUCUCUUCCUCCGGGUCAUCAGUGCCUGUGCAGAUGGCAAGAUCCGCAUUUACAAUUUCCUAAAUGGGAACUGUCUGAAGGUGAUGAAAGCCAAUGGCAGAGGUUAUCCUGUGCUGUCCUUCUUUAUUCAGGGCAACAGGAUGGUGAUCAACACGGAGAGCAACAUCCUCAUGUUCCAGUUCGAGAAUAUCAAGUGGCAGUACUCCCUGGAACGGGCCAAACAAAAGAAGAAGGACAAAGAGGAUGACAGGGAAGAAAACGGCCUCGCAGAAGUUCUCUCCAAGUCGAGCACUCAGAUUCCCAGCCCUCAGGAAUCCAUAUCUAGCAAACACACGGCCCAGGAGUCCCUGUUCAGCAAAUCUCACAGGUCCCCAGUUCUCCUGAGGGCAUCCAGGUUACCUACAGGAGUGUUAACGGAGGCACCUCGAAGUCAAGGAAAGCCAAAGUCACCCCGAAGAGAUGGCAGGAAGAGACCGACUUCUAGGGAAGCAAAUGGCACGGGCACCGAGCAAGAGAGUUUGGAAGCAAAACCCCUCGCCGGAGAUAAGAAGAGCGCAGAUGAUGUGGAGAAAAUACCAAAACAAGGACAACUGGGAACUUUGGGAGACUUGAUCAAUUGCUCAAAGAAGAAGUCCUGGUGCAUCCCUAUGUCACCUGACCAGUUCCUCCUGACUGUGAAUGCCCUGCAGAAAGCCCAUAAUUCUGGGGAGUUUGCCUAUCCCCGGAGGCCCCAAACCCAGGUCAUCGAUGCCUGGGGACCUUCCAUUUCAUACCCAAGGAAGGUCCUGAGUUUGAAGGGACGAUCGGUCCAACAUGCAGUCGAUCGGUUGAGAUUGAGCAACCCUCCCAUAGACGUGAAACAAACCAGUAUUCCUCUUGAAAUCCAGAAGCUUCAGCUUAACCUGAAGAACUCUGUGCACAGCCCCAGAGUCCAGUCUGCCAUCCCCCAGCCGGUGCUUAUCUGCCCCAGGUUCUCUGGCAGCUUAAAGGCUGAAGACCCGCCAACCAGUUCAACUGAUGGGGCAGUGCGCAGCUUCAGCCCCUUAACCAGCACACAGGUCAUCCAACCAAACCGCGUGCUGGCUCCGCCGAUGGGCACGACGGCCCAGGCUGCCAAGAGAGAUUGGCCCCGCUUCUACACGGCCCUCGACCCCUUCAGAGUGAACACAGAGUUCAUGCUGCUGACUGUGAAGGAGGAGAAAGAGUACGAGGAGGCCAAGAUGAAGGAGUUUCAGGCCAUAAAGCCGGCUGGAGGGGUUGAUCCGGAAAAAGCCAGCAGAGCUGCCUGGGUCAGGAAGAUCAAAGGCCUGCCCAUUGAUAAUUUCAUGAAGCAAGGAAAAACAGCAGCCCCUGAACUUGGGCAAAACGUAUUUAUCUGAACCAGCCUUGGGAAGUUACAGCGUUUUAUAAUAAACAAAAAACCAAGUGGA